ACCCUGUGUUUAGUUCAGGAAGGCAUCCAGCGACUUGCUGCUGCUGCUUGGAUUGAUCACAACAAGAUGGUGUCAGGUCUUCUCUUCCUGUUGCUCCUCGGAAACAUGUUUUCUGAAGUGUGGUCAAUAAAUCAUCUCAUCAUAUGUGAGAAUUCAGUGGUCCAGCUGAAAUGUGGUCGAGGAAAGAAGAUUCAUGUGAGAUCUGCUGACUAUGGACGUCAUGAUUCCACCACCUGCUCCGCCGGACGUCCUCCAUCUCAGCUCCAAAAUGUUUCUUGCUCCACUCUCAGCAGUGUUGUUGCACACAACUGUAACGGGCAUCGCAGCUGUAGCAUCACAGCCAGUAACUCUGUGUUUGGAGAUCCCUGCCCAGGAACUUACAAGUACCUGGACGUAGCCUUCAGCUGUCGCUAGUUUGAUUCUUAAAUAUCUGAAUCAUUGGUGGCCCUUUCCUGAAGGCAUGAAGUUUUUUAAAGACCAAAUUUGAGUCUGAAAAGCAUCAUUGAAAUGAAUUAAUCUGUGAUUGUUGAUUUAAUUAGAUCAAUAAAGAAAAUUAAUUCAUCUCUUCA